UGCAUCCGGUUCGAUGUUCGGGAUUUCUCUUCCGGUUCAUCCAGACCUGCGUUCCAGUGUUUGGAGGAUUGUCUGUAAAGAUGGUAGAUGAAGCUGGUGACAGGGAUGAUUCCUCGAAUGUCGCCAUCAUCAGGGAGGUGUACGAUAACGAGAAUGCUCAUGAAACGUUCGAGUAUGAGUUAGAAAGAGCGCUCGAAUCCGAGUGCAGUUUAAUUGUUAUCGAGCCAUCAAAAUUAGGCGAUGAAACCUCCAGAUGGAUAGCAGUUGGAAACUGCCUUCAUAAGACUGCGGCGUUGUUCGGCCUUGCUGCCAUAACCACAGGUAUGCUAUGGGGUGAUCGACCCUAUAUUUGUGGUCCGCUAGGUUUCAUAUCUGUAAUAUCUUGUGGACUCUAUACUGUUUCAUGGCAGUUCGAUCCUUGUUGCCAGUAUCAAGUCGAAACUGAUACAAGUAAAUUACCCCACGAAGAGCUAUUAGCUGUUCUGGGAGCAUCUUCCCCAACAUUUCUUGUAAGGAAAGAUGAUACGAGAAGAAGAAUUCUUCACACCACCAUUACACUGGUUGCACUCAGUAUCAGUGCCUGGAGAGUAUAUCAGGCAUUUAAAUGAAAUUAUUCAUGUUUGCGGAAAGAAAGAAACUAUGUUGCAAAAAAGCAGUAAGGUAGGCCGUACGAUGUAUCGUAUAUGAUCGUAAUAAGGCCUAGCAUAGAACUCUGUGAAUUACAAAAAGAAAUACAGCUGUUUUUGCAUAUAUUAAUGGAGAUUGUCGAGUCACAUAAAGAAUAUAUUGUCGCUCAAUAUUUGUUUUCUUUUUUUUAUGUUUUGACACUACCUUUUAGGUAGAUGCUAAUUUUACAAUAGAGAAAAAAGUAUAUGUCACAGGCUCUAAAAGAAAAUGUAGCCUGUUCGAAGAUAAAUGUUUUCCAUGUAAAGAUCUAUGUUUCUUCAUACUUCGUAUUGUUACUCUAUGAUCUCCAUCUUGUUGAUUCUAUUGUCACAGUUAAGUUUAAUGCAAAGAAAGACACGAUCAUAUUCACGCAAUCACUUAAGUGAAAACACCUAUCGAUAUAAGUGUUCUUAGAGUUAUACAAAAUUGCAACCAUAUACCUGCAAAACUGGAUUUAGAAUUAUAUAUUUUUAGAAUGUAAAUAAAGUAGAUAGAUACACUACAUACAAAACACAACAGAGAAUGUUGCCUAGAUUUUCUUAUCCACAUUGAAAGAAGAAAAAAAUCCGUUUGAAACACUUUUUGAAGUGCAUUAUUUUUAAUCACAUUUUUUGGCAAGCAUGAUUAUUGGCAUAACACGUAGAAUAUUUCUUAAUUACAUAAGAGUGUCAUUAUGCAAUCUACAAACACACACGUAACGUCAGAAAGUAAAUGUCUUGAAUAUUCCAUUGAGUUCACGAUGUACUGUAUUGUAUUGUCUAAUAAAUAUGUGAAAAAUUUCUGUAACAUGCAGUCCAUUUGUGCAUUAAUAAAUUCUUGCAUGUAUUUGUACAUAUAUUAGAUAAUUAAUAGAUGUUUAAGAAUAUAUAUAAUGCAUUUCAAAUAUUUGUUUUAAAGAUUUCGAAUAAAAUACGAAAACUAUGCAACAUCUUCCUCAAUUACUGUAUAGCUAUGUAACAUCUACAGCACAAAAUGUUGCCACUUCAUCACAAAAUCUACUACUUUAAAGACGUUAAGAACUGUAUACACAUUUUUAAGACAUACAGAAAUAUAGAAACUUAUGUAAAAAAAACUUAA